AUGCCCUCGAGUGAUCAGGUUCUGGUCGAUGCGCUGCGUAGUCGUCUGAAGAGGCGGCGCAGUGACAUUUUCCGUUAUCUCGAUGCCCUUUUCUACGAAGACUGUCGCCGCAUCAUGGAGUGCGUGUCUGAACUGGACAGCAAUGACUUGUUUCUCAGAAACCCAUCUUCCUUGCCGGACUAUGCGCAGCAUGUUCCUCGGCCUAUGUACUGGGAGCUGAUUAAUAGGAAACUGCAGCGCUACGAGUACAGGGCCGCGGCGGACUUUAUGGCUGACAUGCGGGCAGUUGUCAACAACUGUUAUCUGUACAAUGGCAUUCAAGCGCCGGCAUCAAAGGUUGCACGAGCGAUGGAGGUUCUUAUGGAGGAUCGAUUUGUGACGGAGCUGAGGGCUGCACCAGUGCCGCCGGCGGAAGUGAAGAAGGCGUGCAUCGGUAUGUCUUCGGCUGACAGCCGCGAGAUUCUUCGCAUCUACACUUUCUACGAAGGACUGGAGGUAAGCACAACGUCAGGAAACACAAACAUUCAGCUCCGCUCUGCCAAAAGCGCCACGCUGCGGCGCAUGCUUGAAUACGCCCGGAGUAGCGCUGAGCAUCGGGAGAAGAAGGCCAGACUGCGGCAUGCCGCAAAGGUGUCGCGUGUGUCGGAUCGACGCCGGCAGGCGAUGGCAGGGGCUCAGGCAGCGGUGAUGCAGCAGGACGCAGCUGUGCAGUUCCAUCAAGACGCCGAACCUCGACUAGAGCAGGUUCCUCAAAAUGCGCAAGCGGCCAUGCCGAUGAUGGAGGAGGUGAGCCCCAUCCGCAUCGAGGAGGAGGGGGAGUGGCUCGACGAGGGGGAUUUGGAGGAAUCGUCGCCGAUGUGA